AUGAAUCAAGAGACUAAUCGAUUAAAUACAUUUACAAAUUGGCCUUCUUCAGCACCUGUAGACCCUGUGAGAGUAGCUAAGGCAGGCUUUUUUUACACGGGUAGUGGUACAGAAGUAGAAUGUUUUAGUUGUGGAGGUAAAAUAUCUGACUGGAAUUACGGAGACCAGGUCAUGUGGAGACAUAGGCGAAUGGAUCCGAACUGCGCUUUUGUUUCAAAUCCUCUCCUGUCUGGUAAUGUACCUUUAGUCAUUGGUCGUGAAUGUAAUAUCCAAAAUCCUGAUGAAAGACCUCACAUUGAAGAGCCCAGAGAUACUGAUUCAUCUGCAGAUUAUGGUCUUGUUGAAGAUGAUGAAAUGUACAAAAGUAAUGCAUUACGAUUAUUAUCGUUCGUAAAUUGGGAUGAUCCAUCAGUACCUAGAGAAGAAUUGGUUAGUGCUGGAUUUUAUCAUGCUGGAGAGGGAAGAAUUAGGUGUGCUUGGUGUGGAGGUGAGAUUGCACCUAUGAGAAAUUUAGGUUCAAUUGGUACACCAUUAGAAAUACACAGAAUGUACUUCCCCCGAUGCCAACAUGCAAUAGCCUUAGAGGAAGAACGGCGUCUGGCAGAGUUUUCUCCUCCUGAUUCACCUCCUUCCUAUACACCACCAAUUCAAUCGCCUUCGGUAGCUAAUAGACCUCAGUCGUCGGGUGCAGAACAUAAUGCCCGUGUAAUAGAAGCGGGUGGUGAAUGGAAGGCCUUAGGAGUGGUUGGGGGUGGUGCGAAGCAUCCUACUAAAGCGGCUCUGGCAGCCCGACUCGCAACGUUUGCUCAGUGGCCAGCGGAUAGAGUGCACGCACCUAAGACGUUAGCAGAUGCUGGAUUUUUUUACACCGGUGUUGAUGAUCAGGUGAGAUGUUUCUACUGCGACGGCGGCCUAGGCAAGUGGGAGGCGGGCGACGCGCCGUGGUCGGAGCACGCGCACUGGUUCCCGCACUGCGGGUACGUGCUGCUCGUCAAGGGGCCGGAGUUCGUGGACACGUGCCGCAACCGUGUCUCGGUGCAGAGGACCUUCUCCGCUGACCGAGGUUUGAGUUCCAGGACUAGAAAUCCUUCUGUGAAUUUCCCAGUUACGCCUAGUCAGAUAGAAGAAUGUAUGGAGAAUGGUCCGGCGUUGGCGGCAUUAGGCGCGGGGCUGGACGCCGCGCGCGUGCGCCGGGCCAUAGUGCGCCGCCUGCGCGCCACCGGUCUUCCCUUCAGUACAUCAGAGGCGCUGAUCGACGCAGUGCUGGACGAGCAGCUCAACGAGGAGGCGUGGUCGGUGUCGCCGCACUCGCAGCGCCUCGCGCGGGACAUACUCGCGGAGACGUUGAGGGACUUCGCCCCCAGAGCCGGAAUAAUCCCAUCGAACGUAGACAGCGAGCCAGCGGACAGCGAUACGUCCCGAACAGACAGCCCGGUUCAACCAUCCACAUUAAGAAAUAUCCCAACAACCUCUAACACGUUACGAGACACCGAAGAAUCUUCUAGAAAACCUACCAAUAAUAUUGAAAAAGAAUCGAGUCCCGAGAAAAAACAACUGACCCUGGAAGAAGAGAACAGACAGUUGAAAGAAGCGAGGAUGUGUAAAGUGUGUAUGGAUAAUGAGGUGAGCGUGGUGUUCCUGCCGUGCGGGCACCUGGUGUCGUGCGCGGGCUGCGGCGCGGCGCUGCGCGCGUGCCCGCUGUGCCGCGCCGCCGUGCGCGCGCUCGUGCGCGCCUACCUCGCG